AGUGCAGCUGCGGCGAGCAGCUGACGCGUUCGAGUCGCGUCGGUAGUCGGUGGUCGAGCUUGCCCCGCGCGAACGUAACCCGGUAACCGCAGCUUCGAUUCUUCGGACGGUGAUUUUCCGCGUACCGCGCGUGUGCGCGUGUGUAUGUGCGCGGCAUUUAUCGGCGAGAGUGUGCAGCGUAAAGGGAAGGAGAGAGCGAGCGCAACGUUUCGAACGCGAACUAUCGAGCUUUCCCGCUCGUCAAAUGAACCGAGUCUCGAUUCAUCGACGGAUGCGUAGCCUCGUCGACGCUUUGGCGCCGAGUAUAUCACGGAUGCGUGGCGAUAGCUCGACUCCGGUAAGUCGACCUCGAUCUCUUUGUCCCCGUGCCGGUUCGCCGAUACGAACCAACCAACGCAACCGAACACACACCCGUGACGAAUCAAGGACGCAAAGAUUCGUGUCCGCGUCGUAACGCGAUUCUCGCGAUUCGCGUUCGAUCGUUCUUCGUUCAAGAUGGAAGGAGAAUGGCGCGGGGUAUGGAAUGGAUGGGACGCGAAGGAAAGAUUUUCGAGAAAAAGAGGAAGAAACGGUCGAAGCAGAAACGGUAGAGGGUCGAAGGCGGCGCGUACCCAUCUGACAGCUGAGUACGCGCUACUAGAUGUCGCCAGUGACGCGUCGCUUCGCUUUGUCCCGCUGAUCGCGAUCGUCCGAGAGACUCGCCGGCUCUCCCCCUUCUUCUCUCUUCUUCCCUUCUUUUCCCUUCGUUUCUCCUCCUGUUUUUUCUUCGUCGCGUAUACGACGCUCGGCCGGCAUCGACGCUCGUAAACCAAGGAGCAACGAGGUAGGUAGUAAACCAUCGUGAUCGGCGACGAGGGCGAAGACGCAAACUAAGCCGAUGUUAUCGAUGGCGAGGAUAAGGAUGAGACGAUUAUCCUCGAAACCGUUGAUCCUAGUUCUGGCCCUGGCUUUAAUCUCGUCGAUCCGUCAUUGCCACGCCUCGGAAAGUAUAAUAGGAAGCCGAGAAACGUGCGACGUCGAGGGAGAAGACUUUACCGUGGACAAGAUCCCGAACACCAGGUGUUUCAAUUGUUUGUGCAAGAAUGGUUUCGUCGAGUGCAGGAAACAGCAAUGCCCAAGCAUCGAAGGUUGUUACACGUUGCUGGAGCCACGGGAGGACGAGUGUUGUCACAGGUGUAAAGGUUGCACGCGAAACGGAGUUCAUCAUGGAUCCGAGACCGAGUGGAUCGAGGGAAACGAUCCCUGUAGAAUCUUCGCUUGCAAAGCAGGAGUGAUCACCGAGUCUCGAUUGCAUUGCUACACGCCUUGCUCGGAUCCAAUUCCUCCUCCGCCCGGCCAGUGCUGCCCCGUAUGCACUGGAUGCCACGUGAACGGACAAAUGGUGACGGCGGAUCGAUCGGUGACCACGACCGAGGAUCCAUGCGUCACUUGCAGAUGCAACGGUGCCCGGCUGACCUGCGCCAAGCAAGCUUGCCCGGUCCUCCAUUGCCUCGGCUCGAGAAUAGUCCACGAUCCCGGCGAGUGCUGUCCACGUUGCAAAGGUAGCGGGAGAUACUUGUCGCCGCCGAAAGGCGCGUGCACACUUGGGACCAGCGUCUACAAUUCCGGCAAUCAAUUCUAUCUGGACCAAUGCACCCGUUGCACCUGCUCCAAUUCAACCGUGUCCUGCGUGCGAGAGACUUGCCCCGUCCACGAUUGCCCGGCCGAGCACCAGAUCGCCCUACCGGGCCGUUGUUGCCCCCAGUGUCCCGAGGUCGAGGAGGUUCGACCGUCUUGCACUUACGCAGGCAAAACUUACGGGGAUGGCGAAAGUUGGAAGCUUGACUCGUGCAAGGCAUGCGCUUGCAUGCAAGGUAAAGUACGAUGCGCGAUGCCCAUGUGCCCGCCGUUGAAUUUACCUUGCCCUCCGAAUUCGAGGUUGGAACAUCCGGAGGGUCAGUGCUGCCCCCGUUGCGUGGAAAGUGACGGUGUGUGCACCGUUUUCGGCGAUCCCCACUACCGCACGUUCGAUGGGAAAUUUUACAGCUUCAAGGGAGCUUGCAAGUAUCAAUUGGCAAGCGAUUGCAUAGGGCACACGUUCAGCAUUCGGGUUACCAACGAUGCGAGAUCGACCAGAUUCUCCGCCUGGACGAAGACGAUCGCCAUCAAGGUGGGUGACUCGAAGGUGAAUCUCGGGCAGAAGAUGCGAGUGAAGGUGAACGGGAAGAAGGUGGAGAUACCUUAUCGCGUGGUCAAUAGGCUGGACGUGAAUCGAACGGUGGACGGUAUAAUCGUGAGCACGCAUAUCGGGAUCAAGGUUCUCUGGGAUGGGAUCAGCUUUCUCGAAGUGUCCGCCCCGACUUCGUAUCGGGGACAUUUGUGCGGUCUCUGCGGGAACUUCAACUCCCUGCCAAAGGACGACUUCACCAAUCGAAGGGGCAAAUUGUUGCAAGAUCCGCAACCGUUCGGUCAAUCGUGGCUGGUGGGGGCCAAGAAAAGUUGCGUGAGGCCAAAGUCGGUGGUCAAUAUGGAUCGCUCCAGACGUUGCAGGGGUAGGAAGGAUCACCGGUUGUGCACCAGAUUGAGAUCGCAGAUCUUCGACGCCUGCCACAAGAAGGUGAAUCCGAACAUGUACUACAAGGCUUGUCUACAGGACAUGUGCGAAUGCCCGACCGAAAACUGCUACUGCGAAUCGUUCACCGCGUACGUCCACGAGUGCAAGAGGCUCGGCAUUCAACUGCCCCACUGGAGAAAAUCGACGAGAUGUCGAACCGGUUGGGACCAGUUCUCGGGAUCCGGCGCGUCCCUUGGUCUACGCUUCCCUUGAUCGCGUGUUUGGAGUAUCAGGAAAAAAGAGGAAGGAGAGAUAGAUGGAUAAAUAGAUAGAGAAAGAGAGAGAGUGUUUUCACCCACCUUGACGGAUGCGAGGAAGAAGCGAGCGAACCGAAAUUCUCACCUAGUCACCGUUCGUAACGCUCGCGCCCUGUCCGAUGAUCGUUCUCUUCCUCCUCCGAUUGUCGAGAAUACUCGUCUAUCCCUCCCUUCCACUUCUCAUCGCGAACCUUUUCGAGCUCGGAUCAUUCCGAAUCACCUUGCAGUAUUUCGGCCGAUGAGCAGGCUCGCGGCAUACCGUCUACGUCCCGUCUACACAUUGAGCGCUUGACCGCGCGUCUAUAUUCCUAGAUUUAAAAACCGAUUCCCUUAAUCCAUUCUUCUCGCCUCUUUCUACCUACCAUAUCCGCUUCGCUACUCUGUAUCUGCGUGUAUGUAUAUAUAUAUAUAACGUCCAUCAUCGGAAGACCGUGCAAUCGGAUUCUUGAUCUCAGACCGAUCAGACGUCGUCGAUUGUACAUAGAUAGAUAUCCAGGACGACAGAGACUCUUCGAACAGCGAGUUAAUUUAUCGCGCGACGUCUUUUCACUCCGAUCUAUAUCCCCCUUCGCAUUUUUAUUCGUUUAUCUUCCCAAACUUCCCGUUCCGUGUCCCUGUUUUCAACCACUUUUUCCCCCCCAUUUCCUAUAUCCACCCUUUUUCCUCCUCGUCUUCUCUUUCUUAUCGGUAAAUAUGCAUAUACCAUUACGUGUUAAAAUUGUACAUAGCCCGAGUAUAAACACGCGAUACGUAUACGCGACUGUACGUUCGCAAAAGUCGCAAAUAUACCGGAGAUAGUCCAAAGCCUUAGCCAAUUUGUAUCGAGUAUAGCAUAGAAAUAUUUUGGCACGCAUCGAAUACGAACGAAAUAAAUGAAUUAUAUUCGUAAAA